CAGACACACAGACACCUGUCAAAAUGUCCAAGGAGCUUCUCCUUCUCUGGCUGGUGACAGAGCUCUGGUGUCUUUAUCUGACACCAGCUGCCUCCGAGGAUACAGUAACAGGGUUUUUGGGCCAGUCGGUGACUUUGCCUUGUCAGCACUCAUCCUGGUCCAGGAACCGCAACAGCAUGUGCUGGGGCAAAGGUGCAUGUCCCAAUUCCAAGUGCAACCAGGAGCUUCUCCACACAGAUGGAACAAAAGUCGUCUCCAGGAAGUCAUUCAAAUACACACUUCAGGGGAGAAUCUGGCGGGGCAAUGUGUCCUUGACCAUCUCAAACACCAAUCACGGUGACAGUGGGGUGUACUGCUGCCAUAUAAAGGUUCCUGGCUGGUUCAAUGAUGUCAAGAAGACUGUGCGCCUGGAGCUGAGGAGAGCUUCGUAGUAUUCCCUGCCUCUAAGAUUGGAGCUUUGCAAAACAUAGCAGUUGUGGGGUCCCAAGCUGAAGACAAUGGCUACAUAAUUGAAGACAAUGGUUAUCCUACUGAAUGAGUCCCAGCAGCCCUCUGAGGGGCUUAUUCCUGAGAUUGGAAAGACAACAACCAGAUUGGACAGUGAAAACAACCUUUACAGUUCCAGGGUUAUUUUCUGUGUCGGUUCAUCCAGCAGUGGUGAAGAGGGUGACCCUCAGCUGUUUGUACUCAAACUCACUGUUAACAUCAUCAUAAUUCUUAUGUUCACACUGCCUCAGUCUCUCCACACACUACAGUGCAUUCUCUCAAACAUGAACAUUUUAAAAUGUUAUAUUUCCUUUGGUCAACAUCAUCAUCAGUAGUAUAGGAAAUAGACUGCUGCCUUGGUUAUUAACAACCAUUAACAGAGAAAAAGGAUUAAAAUUUUUUUUUAAAAAAGUGAGCACAGGUGGGAUGGGCAUCCUGAAUUUAGAAGCAUUUCAUGAUCAUGAUUUAUCUAUUUUAUUGUAAUUUGAAAUGUCACUUUCUUUCCCCUCCUCAAAGGGUAAAAUCAUGGGAACAUUCAGGCUUUAAUUUCCCUAAUAGAUAAAUAGAAGGAAUUCUAAUGUCACCAUUAGAGUUGGUUAUACUUUCUCAUAGCUCUGGAAAUAUGAUGCAUUAUUAUGUGGUUGAUGUUAGGAUAAGGAUGGGUGUUUCAUGUCAGGAGAGGUUGCCAUGGUGAGAAUGGACCAGGCAGACAUCAGGGAAGAAAACAGUGGACCAAGGACUGAGUUCAUUAGUGCUGUUUCCACUGCAGUCUGACUUGGUGCUCAGUGUCCUGUCCUCACCCACUGGACUCUGAAUUAGGUGCUGGAAGGAGACAAUGCAGACAUGAAGGGGAAAGGGGGAGCAGGACCCAGGCUCUCUGCCUGGGAGAAGUCCUGUGCCAGGGGUGACCGGGUUUGGGACUAUCACUGGUUUCAUUCAGAGUUCUAAAUUUAUAAUUGCCUCCAGACUUAAAUUUAUUUCAGAAGUCCAGGGCUGGAUAAAGGGCUGAGCAGUCAAGGGCACUUGCUGUUCUCACAGGAGACACUGAUUCUAUUCUCAGGAUCCCCGUGAGUCCAUUCACAGAUGCCUGUAACUCCAUUUGAAAGGGAUCCCACCCUCUUUUUCUGACCUCCUUGGGUAGGUACACAUACCCCAUAUACACAUAAAUAAAAAUUUAAAAAUUUCAACCCCUAAAAAGAGCCAUGAGUAAAAGAAGUCCCCUGUCUCCUCUCUUUUUUCUUCUCCUUCCUGUCCCAACUCCCUCUAAUUGUCUUACACUUUUGUUUUUUCUGUCAAUGAGUAAAGGGUGUGUGUAUGUGUGUGUGUGUGUGUGUGUGUGUGUGUGUGUGUGUGUUUUGAAUGGGAAAGGUAGUUUUGUGGGAAAUCUUUUUGCUUUCCACUUAGUUUUGCUGUAAGCAUAAAUUGUUCUUAAUAAACAAAAUCUGUUGAAAAAUA